GCUCACGCUGACAGGCGGCGGCAGCGACGCCGUCUUCGCCCACAACGUUGUGGAGGGCCCCGCCGCUCCCGCGACGCUGCAAGCCAAGGCGAGCGUGACGCCGCCGGCGGCGUUGCUGGCGGGCUGCAACACGAAGGACGGGGCGGAGUUGACGUACUUGGACGCCUUCGCGGCGGCCCGCCGGGUGGAAUGCGGCGCCUGCAAGGACGGCGACGCGGCGUGCCGCGUGCCUGGGCCGGAGAUGUUUGGAGCCGCCGCGGUGCCGCGGCCGGAGGCGCCUGUGGAGACGAGCACGGGCUGCGUGGUGGGCCAGACGCUCACAAACGUCUCACUGGACAUGUGGAAGACGCACCACUGCUACGUGGGCGUGACCUUCAGCGGCGCGGGCGCGGUGGCGAAGUUCUCGCUCACGCGAAUGCCGCUGCACCUCCCUAUCAACAUCACCUUCUCUGGGUGCACGUUCCUGGACGGGGCCGCGCUGCACUUUAUGGGCGGCCGCGACCUGGCGGAGUCCGCUGGCGUCCUGAUCCGCGUGCACAGGACGGUGAUGCGGUCGGCCAGCGUGUACAUUUCGUAUGCCCUCCCGCGCGGCACCGACAUCGCCGUCACAGAGGUCGACGCAGAGCAAAUUUCCCUAGCCGUUGGCACCAACGGCCUCUCCAACAGGUUUGCCGCAGUGGCGUUGCGGGACGUACUGCUCACCGGCGCUUCCGCGCUGCUGCUGCGCGACGUCAACCUCCGCCGCCCACGGCGGGUGGCGGGGUAUCUCCCGAGUGGCUCCUGCCUCUCCGUGGAGGAGUCGCUGACGCUGCUGGAGGGGAGCGCGCUGUACGUGCAGCACUGCACCCUUGCGGGGGCCAAGUCCAUUGUGGAGCUGCGCGGCGCGACCAAGCUGGCCAACCGCUCCGUGUUGGCGCUACACAACAACGUGGUGCUCUCGGGCGAGAGCAUCCUGGACAGCAGGGACGUCGCACUGGAGAACCUCAGUGUCCUUCGCAUGGUGGGGAACCGUGGCCCGGUGCGGUUCGGCGUCUACCUCUACGGUGCCUGGACCGCGCGCCAGUCGAGCUGGGUGGAGCUGCGUGACAACGACGUCGAGGCCGCCGAACUGCUCCGUGCCGCCUCCGCCUACGCCGUGGACCUCGACGGGAGCAGUGCGCUGACGCUGACGGGCUGCAAGAUGCGGGCCACGGGCCCGACGCAGGCGCUGCUAAAGGAAGGCGCCGACGCCGGGCACAAGUUCGUCGCGGGCUGCCUGACGGUAGGGAAAGAGCUACUGACGACGGAGGCGGCAAUGACGGCCGUUGGCAUCAAAGGCGUGACGACGGUGGCGCAGUGCGGGGCGUGCGAGCCACGUGGCCUCUGCUUUGACGCGCUGACGACGGCGAGAAACGGUUGCACGUGCGAGUGCGCGGCGGGCGGGUACGGUGACGCGUGCGUCCCGUCGCGCCUGGCGCUCCCGCCGCCGCCGCCGUCGCUCUCGCUGCCGCAGCCCCCUGCCGACGGCGACUGCGUCAGCGACAUGGCGUACCCGGAGGUGACGCAGACGGUGGGUGCCGGGCUGUCGCGGCUGUGCUACCGCAACGUGACCUUCAGCGGGGCGUUUAUGCGGCUCACGGUGGACGUCGCCGCGAUGGCCGGGGAGGCCGCCAGCGUCACCUUCGACGACUGCCGGUGGGAGCGGGGGGCGGCGCUCAUUAUUGCUGGCGCCGCCAACCCGGCCGUGGGUUUGCUGAACAUCGUCGUGACGCGCAACAGUUUUGAGGACGCCGUGCUGAGCCCCACCGGCGCGUUCCCGCCGCGCACAACCAUCAGCGUCGACGGGAACCGCUUCAACGUGACGCGGGCCAUUCCGGUGCCGGGCGUGGUGUUCGACCACCCGGCCUGCCUCCUCGCGCGGGAGUUGACGCUCAGCACCCGCUCCACGCUUCUCCUCGAGGGCAACAGCUUUCACACGGCGGGGCCGGACUCCGUCGCGGUGUACGUCGCGGAGGGUGGCGUGGCAGUGCGGUCGCACUCGGCAUUCGCGAUGGCGGACAACACCUUCACCGUCACGGGCGGCGGCGGCGCGGGGCUCCACGUGGCAGGCGGCGCUAGUGGGACGGCGGUGCAGGUGCGGAACAACUCGGUGGUCAGCGUGGCGCGCAGCGUCGUCUCCGGCGCGCUGAAGAGCUUUGUGCGCUUUGGCUCCCUGUCGCUGACGGAGAAGUCCGCCCUGCUGCUUGAACGCAACGUGGGGCUGGUUGUGAGGUCGGUGCUGCACGCGGAGGGGGCGGUGGAGCUGCUGGACUCUUGGGUGUGGAUCCACAAGAACGCCGCACACGACAACGCGAGUGUCGUGUGCCGCGUCGGGCCUGUAACGACGCGGCGGUCGCGUCUGGUGGUGUCCGGCAACAGCGUGUCCCCUGUGCGUGACGGUGCGGGGGACGCCGCGCUGCUCAGCUCCUCCAGUAUUUCAAAGGGGGAUAAUUCCUCGGUCCUUGUUCUCGCCUGCAACCACCUGGCGGAGGCGACGGACGCGACGGACGCGGUGCCGAAGGGUCUCGGCGCGGUUUUUUCCGUCAAGGUGGAGAGCUGCGGGGGAAAGUGCGGCCAGGCGGCGCCGUGCUUCCCCGGGUAUACGACGACGGCUUCGGGUGACGGCUGCGCCUGCACGUGCGCGGAGGGCGGCCACGGCGGCGCGUGCCUGCCCGUCGACAUUCCCAUGAACUAUGAAGAUCCGUGCGUGCGGGACAUGAAUGUGACGUGGGAAGUCAUGGCCGGGUUCCAGCAGUCGGCGGUGUGCUACGUGGGGGUGACCUUCGCCGCGGACGUCGUGGUGGACGUGGCCGCGAUGUCUGGGAGCGCGCGCAACGUGACGUUGGCAAACUGCACGUUCGUGGGCGGGGCGAGCCUGUACGUUGUCGGGUGGGCGUCUGAGCCGCCUGAGGGCCUGCAGGUGGAGGUGCUGGUGAGCGGGCUUGAGUCGCGCUCCGGCGGCGGCGUGCUGCUGGCGAACCGAUACCCGCCGGGCUCGCGCGUCACGGUGGUGGACUCUGUGCUGAUUGCGGAGACGCGCGUUGCGUACCGCGGCGCCUACGACCUCGGCGGCGCGUCGGGAUGCCUCGUGCUGUACGGCGUGAGCCUGACGGGGAGCGUGCUGACCGUCGCGCGCACGCAGGUGGUGGCGAUGUUCGGCGACGCUGUCGGCGUGCUGGUGGUCGGCGGCGUCGCGCUGCCGUCGCGCGGUGCGCUGUACCUGGACCGGCUCUCGGUGCAGACCGCGCUGGGGCUGUGCGUGUCGGUGGAGGGUGGUGUGGCGGCCAGCGGCGGCUCCGUGCUCGCGUUUGUGGACAGCGACUUCCUGCUGUGCAGGCACGCGGUGGCGGUGGACGGGGAGGUGCGCGUGUCGGGCUCUACUCUGGCGUUCGUGCGGAGCGAAUUCGCGUCGACGCAGGACCACGCGGUGGCGUUUUCGUCGACGGUGCACCUGGACGGCGGGGCGAUGCUGCUGGCGAAGGAGAACGUGCACGACAGCGCGUCGAAGGAGAUGCUCUACGCCGCCGGCGCCGUGACAGCGAACGGGAGUACGCUGAGCUUCGUGCGCAACCGGGGGCUCUUCCCGCGGAUGCUGUCGGUGGAGCUCUCGCUCGCCGCGGGGGCGCACCUGCGGGCGGCGUGCAACCGCGCCGGUGGGCGUGCCCUGGCGACGGCGGACGAGUACGCCGCCGCGGGCUUUGGCGACGCCGCGCGCCUAGAAGUGGUUGGGUGCGACGCCUGCGACAAGGACACGUAUUGCUACGCGCCCGGGACGGCGUCCGCGAGCGGGCGGGACGGUGCGUGUGUGUGUGCGUGCGGCGGCGGCGGGUACGGCGAGGCGUGCGUGCCGGUGGGGGAGCCCGCGCUGCCGCCCGCUGGUGUCCCCGCGUCGAGCGUCUUUGCGAUUGAGAAUACGGUGGUGCAGUCGGAGUUCGUUGUGCCGAACGGCGCGCGCGAGGUGAGGCUGCGCCACGUGGUGCUGGACGGCGUGCAUCCGGUGCUCUACGUGCCGUGGAUGGCGCGAGGUGACGUGCACAUCGUCGUCCAGAACGUGUCGCUGCGGAACGGCGCCGUGCUGUACGUGAUGGGCGGAACAGUCGCCUCGCGCGCGAGGGCGGCGGCGGUGGCGCGGCAGUUGGAGGUGUCGGUGUGCAGCGUGGAGGCGUUCAACGGCGCAAUUGUGCUGGCGGGGAAGUUCCCAGCGGGGUCCGUGAUGACCGUCACCGACUCCCUGCUGAUCACCACGGAGCCGACGCCGCUGGUGUACCUGCCGGGCUCGCCGUCCUCGCCGUCCUCGCUGUACGCCCCGGCGCUGGUGCUGUCUGACCUGCGGCUGGUGAAUUCCACGCUGGCGAUGCACGGGGUUGCCUUCCUGGCGGCCACGAGGGACGGGCGGACGGUGGUGGUCGAGGGCGCCGCGCUGGAGCUGCACGGCAGCGGCAUCGCGCUGGACGGCGCCGCGUUUGGCGGCGACUACGCCGUGCACGUUGGCGGGCGAGCGGUGCUCGCGGGCGGCGCGGUGCUGCGCGUGUCGGAGAGCCAGCUGCACGCCGGGAUGGGCGUGGUGUUUGCGGGGGGGCUCGCGGUGAAUGCGUCUGCCGUCGUCGUGAACGACAACACCGGGGCGCUGGCCGGCGACGGCGCGCUGCUGGUGCUGCGGGAGGCGGCGUCCUUCGCGUCCGGGUCUUGGCUCUCGGUGCGCGGCAACGCCGUCGGCGGCGGGCGGCGGCUGCUCUCGUUGGCUCCCGCGACGGAGCUGUCGCAGAGCACCUUCGCGCUGUACGGCAACACCGGCAGCGGCGGCGCCGUGAUGGACGGCAGCGUUGCGCCUGGGGGCGCCGGCGGGGAGUUCGUCGUCGGCUGCCUGACGCUCAACGGGCGGGUCCUGGCGCCGGCGGAGUACGCGUCCGUCGGCAUCACCGGACACACACGCGCCGUGGCGUGCGGUGCGUGCGACGCCAGCGUGAGCUGCUUUGCCGCAGCGACGAAGUCGGUGUCGGGCUCCUGCCGCUGCCGCUGCGCCGAGGGCGGCUACGGACGCGACUGCCUGCCGGUGCACCUGCCGCGCGUGGACGGCUGCAACCGCACCGUGGCGUGCCCGGCGCUGGACGUCUCCACGCCGUCGGGCCGCGGGCUGACGCUGGAGGACAUCCGCGCAAGCGGCGCCGACCCGAAGCGGCUGACGGUGGCGCUGCCGCCGCCGUUCCGCUGGGCGGGCGACGCCGACCUUCGCCCGUACUUGAGCUUCGCGCUGGCGUCGGCGGCGCAGCCGAACGGCUUCAGUGGGCCGUGGGGGGCGCUGCUGCGCAACGCGACUUGGCUGCGCCACGCGGCGGACCCGCACAGGGUGCUGGAGCUCACGCUGCCCGUGCUACGACCGCUACUUUAUCGGAAUGGACGAGGAGGUCGUCCUUCGGUACACGCCACGCGCGGUGCACGGCGGAUGCAGCGGGGUGCUGCAAGGGGCGUUCACGAUUGCCUCGAACACGCCGCCCGGGCUGCCGCGGGCGCUUCUGCUGCUGAGCGGUGUCGGCGCCGGCGCGGCGGCGGCGGCUGUGGCGGUCGGAGGCGGCCUCGGCGCCCUGCUGGAAAUUCAGACAUUCGGCACCUUCAAUAUGAUGAAGUGCGCGCCGGCGUGGGAGCGUGA